AUGGAUCUAUUCGAUUUAUCAACAACAUCAUCAAAUAAUAAUAAUCCUAAUGUACAUCGUAAUACUUGGCCUAAUUAUCCCGCAGAAUGUUAUCCAACAAGUGUAGACUAUUAUCGUCAAUAUGGGCCAGCACCUCUAACGUCUAUGUCUUGGGUUGAUUCAAGUAAAUAUUCUGUUCCUAACUGGCCAUCUCAAACACCAUCUGGAUUUUCUUAUCCAUCUUCUCAUCCUCCACCUCCACAUGCUCAUGCAUCUUUUAUCUCAACAACAAAUCCAUCAGCAGCAACAUCAUUUGGUCAAACAUAUUAUCCUCCCACACCACCCAAAGAUCUUCCACAAGAUUCCUUACUUGAUUCAUCAAGUAAAUCACAUGAAUUACUUAAUAAUAAAAAUUAUCAUGCACAAAAUCAGCAUCAUCAUCAUCAUCAUCAAAAUCUAUUUCCUAAUACAACAUCACCAACAACAAGUGCAGCUGCUGCAGCAGCCGCAGCAGCAGCUUAUCAUCAUCAUCAAAAUUGGGGACAUGUACUUAAAGAUCCCACUGCUUUUUGGUCAACUAUGAAAUCACCAACAGAAUCAUCAAGCAAACUUUCAAAUUCAAAUACGAAGAAAAAAGCUAGUCAAGCUGAAGGUCGUGAAUGUGUCAAUUGUGGAGCUAAAGCUACACCAUUAUGGAGACGCGAUGGUAAUGGAAACUAUUUAUGUAAUGCUUGUGGCCUUUAUCACAAAAUGAAUGGACACAAUCGUCCACUGAUUAAGCCCAAACGACGUUUAUCAACCGUUAAGAAAACAGGCGUUCAUUGUUCAAAUUGUAAUACGAGCACAACAACAUUAUGGCGUCGAAAUGGCCACGGUGAAAGUGUUUGCAAUGCCUGUGGUUUAUAUUUUAAAUUACAUAAGGUUAAUCGUCCAAUAACAUUGAAAAAAGAGAACAUUCAAACACGUAAUCGAAAACCAAAUACAAAACGUACUGGUAGUUUACUUGCAAGUAGUUCAUCGUGUAGUAUGAAAGAUAAAGAUCCAUUUCCUUAUGGACUUUUAAUGAAGAAUGAACAAGCAUUAAACGGUUAUCAUGCUCAAGCAGCUGCAGCAGCCAUGGCAGUUAACAGUGUAUCAACAUCAUCAUCACCGUCAUCAUCAGUCUAUCAUCAAUCUCAACAAGCAGCAUAUGCAGCUGCGGCAGCACUUCGUCCAUUAUUUUCAUCAUCAAUGUUAUCAUCCAUGGGCACAACAAAUACAACAGGCAGUUCAUUAUCAUCAUCAUCGAAUUCAUCAUCACCAACCAAAUCAUCUUAUAUGACAAAUCAACAACAUCAUGUUGGUGUUUAUCCUCCGUACUUUUAA